AUGAUGUAACACAUGGAAAGUUCCGGACUAACUAAAGGUCGAGUUAACGUGACAGCAGCUGAACACUACGUCUGUUUUUAUCAACCAGAAAAACUAAUAAAUAUACUAACAAUUUAAAAAUGCCGAGAGGAAGCAGAAGCCGGACAUCCAGGAUGCCCCCUCCAGCCAGUCGGGCACCGCCAUCACCACCACCUAUGGCCAGGGCUGCACCCCCUCCCCCCAGUGUUCCAAUGCAGGCUCCUCCGUCUGCUGUGGGUGCUCCAGCCGCAGCACCCAGGCAGCCGGGUAUGUUUGCCCAGAUGGCGUCUACAGCUGCAGGUGUGGCAGUGGGCUCUGCUGUAGGACACACCAUCGGCCACGCCAUGACUGGAGGCUUCAGUGGAGGACACUCAGAGCCUGCCAGGCCUGACGUCACAUACCAGGAGCCGUACCAGGCUCAGCCCAUGUACCAGCAGCAGCCACAGUCCAUGUACCAGCAGGAGGCUCCUCAGCAGCAGCAGGCAUGCUCCUAUGAGCUCAAACAGUUCAUUGAGUGCGCCCAAAACCAGAGCGACCUCAAACUGUGCGAGGGCUUUGGUGAAGUGCUGAAACAGUGCAGGUUCGCUAAUGGUCUGUCUUGAGAUGGAGACAAAACCCCGGAGAGUGAAGAGCACGUACAACACUGCAAUAAGCAACUCUACUGGAUACUAACUGGGUGUGAUUCACAAGCGAACAAUAAACAGGCUUUAUUUUGACAGUUGAUUAUCAUCAGAUAAAACAAGUAAUUGUAUUCAUUUCUCAGGAGAGUGCUGCAGAGCUUGUAAUCAUAGUCUUAUAAAUAAUGUUUAUAUAUAUUUGGUGUUGCAUGUUUUGAGUUGAUUUCAGUUGUCAGUGUUUUUCAUCAGCUUUAGUGCUUUUAAUUUAAAUUUCCUCUCAUAUAUUUCAAAGUGAACUGUUAGUAGAACAUGAUAACUUAGUUUCCAUUUCCUGGGUAAUAGGAGUCCACAGUUUUAUUGCAACAAGUUUAGGUUUAAAAAUAAUAAAGCACUUGGAUCAUGAA